AUGGCAAACUCCGAAGGACCUUACUCGACACUGGAAGAUCUUGAAAAAGAUCCAACAAAGCGAGAUAUCGUUGUUCGGCUUAUCCGAAAAUGGGAGGCACGUAAUCGACGUAGAGGGAGCCGCUUGCUGAGUGAAGAACUACUGUUUCUAGACGAGACCGGGCGUUUAAUAAAGGCUUCAAUUAAUCAUCGCCUCAUCAAAUAUUACAAAAACAUCUUCAAAGAAGGAUCUAUCUACCAUAUAAGUUCCAAAAAGAAGAUCAUGGCAAGAAUUGUUCUUAAAGACACCGGUACCAAAGUUCGCCUUUCUAUCUGGGACAACAUCGCUUUGAUUUUUUUUAUCGUUCCUUUUCAUGACGCAGAGGAAGCAAUGUUUUGUCGUCAUAACAACAGAGAUCUCUAUUUGAACACUUCACCGACUACUUGGUUUUAUCAAUACGAUGAUCCAGAAGAAUUGGAGAGUAGUGUUAGUGUUGAGAGCAAAGACACUUGCAACAACUCUGACCAGAAAGGGAAAAAGCUGAAGUUAGACGAUGAUUUCAUUGCUAUUGAAGGGACGAAACGUCGAAGGAGCACGAACAGAAGAACGCAUCAAUGA